AUGCCAGCGGUGUACGGUUCCCGAUUGACCACAUUUGAGGACUCCGAGAAGGAGAGCGAGUAUGGCUACGUCCGCAAGGUCUCAGGACCAGUCGUCGUCGCAGAUGGCAUGGCUGGAGCUGCCAUGUACGAGCUGGUUCGUGUUGGACAUGAUAAUUUGAUUGGUGAAAUUAUUCGGUUAGAAGGAGAUUCUGCCACAAUCCAAGUUUAUGAGGAAACAGCUGGGUUGAUGGUGAACGAUCCUGUUCUACGUACUCGGAAGCCUUUAUCAGUGGAGUUGGGACCUGGAAUAUUGGGAAAUAUUUUUGACGGAAUCCAGAGGCCUUUGAAAACUAUUGCAAAGAUAUCUGGUGAUGUCUAUAUCCCACGUGGUGUAUCUGUCCCAGCUCUUGACAAAGAUAUACUUUGGGAGUUUCAGCCUAAAAAAAUAGGUGAAGGUGAUACUCUCACUGGUGGAGACUUGUAUGCUACCGUCUUUGAAAAUAGUUUGAUGGAGCACCAUGUUGCGCUUCCUCCCGAUGCUAUGGGCAAAAUUACUUACGUUGCACCACCUGGUCAAUAUUCAUUGAAGGAUACUGUGUUAGAGCUUGAGUUUCAAGGUGUCAAAAAGAAAUUUACUAUGCUUCAGACAUGGCCUGUACGUACACCAAGGCCUGUUGCAUCAAAGCUUGCUGCUGAUACCCCUCUACUCACUGGACAGCGUGUUCUUGAUGCCCUUUUCCCCUCUGUUCUUGGUGGGACGUGUGCCAUUCCUGGGGCUUUUGGUUGUGGUAAAACGGUUAUUAGUCAAGCUCUUUCAAAGUACUCUAACUCAGACACUGUAGUUUAUGUUGGUUGUGGAGAACGUGGAAAUGAAAUGGCUGAGGUGCUUAUGGAUUUUCCUCAAUUGACCAUGACUUUGCCUGAUGGCCGUGAAGAAUCUGUGAUGAAGCGCACAACACUUGUGGCCAACACUUCUAACAUGCCUGUGGCUGCUCGUGAAGCUUCAAUCUAUACUGGAAUCACUAUUGCUGAAUACUUCAGAGAUAUGGGUUACAAUGUCAGCAUGAUGGCAGAUUCAACUUCUCGAUGGGCUGAAGCAUUGCGUGAGAUUUCUGGGCGGCUGGCAGAAAUGCCAGCAGAUAGUGGAUAUCCUGCUUAUUUGGCAGCACGUUUAGCAUCAUUUUAUGAACGUGCGGGUAAAGUGAAAUGCCUUGGUGGACCAGAGCGUACUGGUAGUGUGACUAUUGUUGGUGCUGUUUCUCCCCCAGGAGGAGAUUUCUCAGAUCCAGUGACGUCUGCAACCCUUAGCAUUGUACAGGUUUUCUGGGGUCUGGACAAAAAACUUGCCCAGAGGAAGCAUUUCCCCUCUGUGAACUGGCUUAUUUCCUACUCUAAGUACUCAACAGCAUUGGAGUCUUUCUAUGAUCAAUUUGAUCCUGAUUUUAUCAACAUCAGGACAAAGGCACGUGAGGUUUUGCAACGAGAAGAUGAUCUGAAUGAAAUUGUCCAACUUGUAGGAAAGGAUGCUUUGGCUGAAGGAGAUAAGAUCACCUUAGAAACUGCAAAGCUCUUGAGAGAGGAUUAUCUCGCACAGAAUGCAUUUACUCCAUAUGACAAAUUCUGCCCAUUCUACAAGUCUGUUUGGAUGAUGCGGAAUAUCAUUCAUUACUUUAAUCUGGCCAAUCAGGCAGUAGAGAAAGCAGCUGGUAUGGAUGGUCAAAAGAUAAGUUACAGCCUAAUCAAGCACCGUUUGGGAGAUCUCUUUUACCGCCUAGUGUCGCAAAAAUUUGAGGAUCCGGCAGAAGGGGAAGAAGUGCUUGUGGGAAAAUUUAAGAAGCUACACGAGGACCUGACAAGUGGUUUCCGCGCUCUUGAGGAUGAAACCCGAUGA